CCAUCACUUUACUUUCUCAGUUCGCUGUCGUUUUUAUAACCCACCUAACCCAUACAGAAUCGCAGAAGAACUGAAAACCACACUGCGAGAAGGCUAUUUUCUCCUGGACGUCAGUUGUCAAAUACAUUUCCUUCUCUCUCUCUCUCUCGAUCGAUCACGAUCUUCAUCUAAUUAUUACUUUCCACGCCAUGGCCUGUGCGAGCUUCGCUAAACUAAACGCAGCGUCCUCCUCUUGGAUCGGCCAACAGUCCUUUGGUCAGCGUCCUGGGUAUUCCUCAACUCUUCUUACCACUCGCCGAGUCUCGCUCCCGAUCCGUGCCAGCUCUUACAAGGACGAGCUUGUUCAAACUGCUAAAUCUAUUGCAUCACCUGGUCGAGGGAUCCUAGCCAUUGAUGAAUCAAAUGCAACUUGUGGGAAGAGGUUGGCAUCUAUUGGCUUAGACAACACUGAGGUCAACAGACAAGCAUACAGACAACUGUUGCUGACCACUCCUGGCCUUGGUGAAUACAUUUCUGGUGCCAUUCUUUUUGAGGAAACACUCUACCAGUCUACAACUGAUGGAAAGAAGUUUGUAGACUGCUUGCAUGAUGAGAAUAUUGUACCUGGCAUCAAAGUUGACAAGGGUUUGGUACCUCUUCCAGGAUCAAACAAUGAGUCUUGGUGCCAAGGCUUGGAUGGCUUGGCCUCAAGAUCUGCUGAGUACUACAAGCAAGGUGCACGUUUUGCCAAAUGGAGGACAGUUGUCAGCAUUCCCUGUGGUCCUUCUGCUUUGGCUGUUAGGGAAGCUGCAUGGGGACUUGCACGUUAUGCUGCCAUUUCUCAGGACAAUGGUCUUGUACCCAUAGUUGAACCUGAGAUUCUUCUUGAUGGGGAUCAUGGAAUUGAGAGAACACUUGAAGUUGCAGAAAGGGUCUGGGCAGAAGUCUUUUACUACUUGGCAGAAAACAAUGUUGUGUUUGAAGGUAUCCUGCUUAAGCCCAGCAUGGUAACGCCAGGAGCCGAACACAAAGAGAAGGCCUGUCCUGAGACCAUAGCAAAAUACACACUCACAAUGCUUAAGAGAAGAGUGCCACCUGCAGUUCCUGGAAUCAUGUUUUUGUCGGGAGGACAGUCUGAAGUGGAAGCAACCCUUAACCUCAAUGCAAUGAACCAAUGCCCCAACCCGUGGCAUGUGUCCUUCUCAUAUGCACGUGCACUGCAAAACACUGUGCUUAAGACAUGGCAAGGGCGUCCAGAGAAUGUGGAAGCUGCACAGAAGGCACUUUUGGUGCGUGCCAAGGCAAAUUCCCUGGCCCAGCUUGGAAAGUAUUCUGCCGACGGUGAAAGCGAGGAAGCUAAGAAGGGAAUGUUCGUCAAGGGCUAUACCUAUUAAGCAGCAUUUCAAGGAUGAAAAUGCUUCUUGACUUAUAUUACAGUGUAUUUUAUAUUUUCUUUUGGUUCUUCUUACACGUUAGUUGUGCUUGGUGAGGAAAUGUAGCAUUAGAUAAGCCUUUUAAUUUUCUUUCCCCCUAGUCUUGAAGACUAGAGGCUUGAAUAAUACAUGUGGAAAGAAAGAAAAGUUUUUACCUAUGAAGAGGUGGGUUUAGUGAGAGAAAGGAUAUGUAUUCUUAUUUUCAUAACUAUUUUUCUGGAAAUUUCUUGAGGACGUUUGAUGACGCCUAUUUUAUUUUAAUUGGUGAUUGCCAUUAAGUCUA